UAAUUCAUUAUCGACAUGAUUAUUUAUACAGACGAUUUAAAGUCCACCAAAAUAGAUCUGAUGGUGGGCUGCGAGUGGUUAAUAUGAAUGGAAACCAAUCCUGUAUAUCUAAUACUAAAGUAAACAGAAUUUCGAAUACUGAUAUAAAUUUAAAUAAUGGAUUCACUUGUGAUAAAUACGAUCCAUAUGUGGACGUACUUCGUACUCUAUUUGUCCCGAGUGUCGACAAGCGAAUUUGUGAAUUACUCGAAUUAUUUGUUUGCGAUAAAAAAGAUACACCGACAUAUUGGGAAAGGUGUCUAAAUAUUGUCGGGACGAUAAAAUAUGAAGUGGGGGUCGUCCAAAAUUGUCUUAAACAAGUUUUCUACUAUUUUGUAAACAACGGGCUGGUAAAUUGUGUCAUCAACACUCUGGUGUUGAGCAAUCGGCUGAACAAAGUCUGCCGCGAUCUGGACACUUUGGGCGAAAAAAAUAUUCUGCGAUACGCGAACGCAGUGAGUUACGUUACCGAAAAAAAUUACUGGCGUUUAUCAAAAAAUUCUGCUUCUAUCGCAUCGAGAGUUGAAGUCGAAGUCGGCUCCACUUUAGCGGCCUCCCCUAAUUCCAGUUCUACGCCUCGGGAUUCUGAUGCCAAAUAUCCAAAACGCAGCAGUAAAAGGAGAAGUUCGAAUUUUGAAAAAAGUUCUGACAGAAGUUCUUGCUCCUGUUCUUGUUCCAAUGGCGAGUUGCAGGAAAAUUGCGAAGAAUCAGAUCCGAGUAAUGACGGAAAAAAUUUGAUGGUUUUAAUCGGGGACCCGCGAAAUUCAAAAUAUUCAAAAAAACGAAAGUCAUCUGUUCCUUGUAAAUGUGAAAAUUUGAUUAGACAUUUUGUCAAAAAUGAUAUGAGUGAGUCGCCAUUGAGUGUCAAGGCUAAAAAUAAAUUAGAAAGGGCAUUAAAGAGCACGUGCUUUUCUUUGAACGAAAUAUUAGAGCCUAUGGAUGCUAAGAAUUUAAAUAAAUGCCGAUUGUUGUGUAAAUUACAAGAAAAUUAUGUUAAGAUUCAAUUAAAAAAACAAGAUACUGAUGGUAAUAAAACUUGUUUGUACACCGAAAGAAUUGAUUUUUCCAAAAACGAUUCUGGGUCUGUUGCAAAUCUAGACAAUAUUCCUGAAGAAAAACCAAUUGAAAAUAACUGCCAAUUAAUUGAUGAUAAUUUCGAUGUCAAUGAAAGUGAUUUGAAAGGUUCAAAAAUUGUAACCUCGACGAAAAUUUAUGAUACGAGUGUUCGUAAGAGUAGAAAUGAAUGUAUAAGUAUCAAAAACUGUGGAAAUGUACACGGUGAUUUAUGUAAAUGUAGAGGACAAUGUUUUUGUGAUCUUGAUUCCUUUGAUGGCGAUAAUUUUAUCACUGCGAGAACCAGCGUUAAAUCUUUGGAUGAAUCUUCAGUCAUGUGUGAUUCUGAACAUUCUUGCUCCUGUUCCCUGGGCACGAGUGUUUCAAUUGACAGCGUAAUUGAAAACAAAAAUUUUUCGGCGGGAAAUAAAAAAAAUUGUUGUUCAAGUGGUAAAGAAAAUUGUGAGGAAAAUAAAGAAAUGUCCAAGGAUUCUAAUAUUGAUAUUUAUAUAAAUAUAAGUGAAAAUGAUGGAAAUGUAAUUUCGAAAAAUUCAGAUGAUUGCAAAGUUAUGAAGUCAAUUUCGGUGCAGACUAUUGGGGAAAAUUUUGAAAAAUGUUGCGAUGGAAUAGGAGACAAAGAAAAGGUCAGUGAUAAAAAGUCAGAGGAAUGUGAAGAAAAAUUAUUUCCGGUUGAUUCGGUUGUCUUUGAAGUUUUGAAAACUAUCGAGGAAAAUUGCGAUUGCAAUGAAAAAGAGGAUUUAGAAGGCGCGAGUGAUGACGAAACUGGCGGAGUUAUGGAAUGCGCGGAAAAACCCGAAGGUAAGACAGGGGAAAAUAUUUCUGAGUGUGAGGAGAAAAGUUCUAAAGAAAAUUUGGAGAAAAAUGAAUCGAGGAAACAAAUUUCUGAGGGUCAUGUUAAAAAAAUAGUGGACAAAAUAGAAGGAAAUAAUUGGGACUGUAAUUGCUCGAGUUGUUCGUUGGAAGAAAAUGAUGAGAAAAGUGAAUUAGAUUGCAUCUGUUCUACAUGUUCGGUGGAUGAAAAAUUAAAUGGAAAACCGGGUGAGAAAAAUGGACAAGUUUCCGAGAAACAUGAAAUGGGUUGUAAUUGUUCAUUAUGUUCUUUGGAAGAAACGAAAUUGGAAAAUGAAAAUAUUAAGAAAGAACCGUCAGUUUUAUUUGAAAUAAAGUCGGAAAAAGAGUCGAAGGAAAAAGGGGAAAUUGCUAAAGAGAUUGAAGGGAAUUUGAAAAAUAAAUUUGAAGUAGAGUGUUCGUGUUCGUCAGAGUCUUUUCAAGUGGAAAAAAUGCGCGAGGAAUUUGUGGAAAAUAAUAAAAAAAAUUCCGAGAAAAGUAUAAAGGAAAUAGUUGCAGAUAAAAUUGAGAAACCGGUUAAAUUGACGCAGGUUGACAAGAAAGAAGUAACAAUUGAUGAUAAUAGAGAAAUGAACGUUGAGGUUUGUGCCUGUAGUGUCAAUUCUGCUGAUGUUUUUACUUCCGCACACUCUGCUUUGACACGAGAACCGGAGGCUUUUGAAACUGGAGCCAAAGUGGGAGAUUGCGGUGUCGAUUGUGAUACGAAUCUGUGUUCGAUUGGAGAAAAUUUAAAUUCUGACUCGAUAAAAAUUGAAGAAAAUCCAAAGACUGAAUGCUCAGAGUCCAAACCUAAAAAAACUGCUUCAAAUUCUGGGAAAAUAAAACAAAAUUUGAAAAUCAAAGAAGAGUCAGACGAAAAUCCGACUGCGGAAAAAAUCGUAGUAAAGACUAAGAGGAAAAGAUCUGACAGUUCAGUAAAAGUAAAAUCACUAGAAAUUGAAACCCCUAGAACUCGUCGGUCAAAUAAAAAUUCAGCUCCAGAGUCUCGGAGAUCUGUCAGGUCGGUAAAUAUUUCAAAAACCUCCAGAGCGUCUUUUUCGCCAGCAGAAGCCGAUUGCGGAAGCUCUAGUUACUACAGAAGCAAUUUUUCUCUCCACAAUUUCUACUUCAACUGCGACUGCAACGAAACCCGUAAUUUUUCCAAAAAAGUCUCAGCCCCGAAAAAUCACCCGCGGGCCAAUCACUCGCAAAAAAAUUACCAGUCAAUACAUUUCGACAAAUUGCAACGUCAUGAGUCCCGUCAGCGGACAAACGUUCGCGCAAUUAUUUCAGCCGUGUGUCGUAAUUUCCGGCACGUAUUUUCACGCGAAACUCUGCAGAAAUUAAAACACAUUUUCCACGUGAAAAUAUACAGGCUUCUAAAAGAACGCGAUAAAUCAACAAGUACCGCUGACUUACCAUAUUAUAGUCGUCAUCAUAAUCAUCGCCCUCAUCAUCAUCAUCAUAAUAAAAAUAAUAGUAAAAAAAUUCUAACUAAUGAAUUUUCAUCCGAUUACGAAAAUUUAUGCCCAGUCCAUAAAAAAGCCCAAAUUUUAUACGACCGUAAAAAGGCAUCGAGAAAUAAUUCAUCAAAUUUUCAAAAAAAAUCAGCGAUAGAAAAUUCAUGCCCGUACUUGGACUCAAAUUCGUCUUCGAAGCAUCACAAAGAAUUAAUAAAUCACAGCAAAUUACGCUGUCACUGCAACGAUCUAGUGAAGAAAAGUUCCCAGUUCGAGUGCGACAACAAAUACGAUGUAUUGAAAAAAAUAAAUUACCAUUAUUAUUUAAAAAAACGUCUGUCUGAGAGCUCGCUGUCUACUUACUCACAAGUGUCGCCAUUAAAUUACCCAAAUAGCAACAAAAAAAAAGUCUCCAUGUCGAUGCCAAUGGAUCCGGAAAAUUCAUCACAGGAGUCACAGUGUCAGUGCUACAAAAAAAUGAUCGCCGCCAAACACUUGGCCGAGUAUUUGCAGUCGCGAUCGCGGUACAGAAGGAAAUCAAAUUAUGAAAAUGAUCGCGGUCAUCAUAAUUGCUGCGGAUCAUUGGACGACAUCAAGUUGUUACAUAGAUAUGUUAAUUUAAAUAAUUGAAGGGACUUUAUAUAUACAUAUAUAUUUUUUAAUUUUAUAUUUUAAUUUUUUUUAGCAGUAAUUUAUAUUUAUUUUAUAUGAAUUUUUUAUUGUGUAAAUAAAAGACGAUGACAAUAACAAUAAAAUAUAAAAUG